GCCAACAUGGCGAAACCCUGUCUCUACAAACAAUACAAAAGUUAGCUGGGCGUGGUGCCGCAUGCCUGUAGUCCCAGCUAUUCGAGAGACUGAGGUGGGAGGAACGCUUGAGUCUGGAAGGCGGAGGUUGCAGUGAGCCGAAAUUGCCCCAUUGCACUCCAGCCUGGAUGACAGAGCCAGACCCUGUCUCAAAAAAAAGAAAAGAAAAAAGAAGUCCCAAACAGAGUGAGCUAGACAUUGAAAAGGUUCUAAGCAAAGGAACAGCAUGUGUGAAAUGGCAAGGCUUUUGGUGUGUUAGGUUAUUUGGGAUCAGGGGGAAUCUUAAAUAAAGCUUAAAAAUGGAGUUAAGUUUCUUAGAAUGAACAUACAUUUUAUGAUUUUUUUAAAUUGGUUUCAUUUUGUUGAAUUUCAAUUAUAUGAUUGUGAUGUUUUCAGGAUUUUGGUUUGAAUUAAACAAAACUGGAGCCACAAAAUUGGAAACAAUACAAUUUUUUAAAAAAUGUGUAGGAUCUGGCCGGGUGUGUGGUGGCUCACGCUUGUAAUCCCAGCACUUUGGGAGGCCGAGGCAGGUGGAUCACGAGGUCAGGAGAUUGAGACCAUCCUGGCUAACAUGGUGAAACCCCGUCUCUACUAAAAAUACAAAAAAAAAAAGUUGGCCGGGCGUGGUGGUGGGCGCCUGUAGUCCCAGCUACUCGGGAGGAUGGCGUGAACCUGGGAGGCGGAGCUUGCAGUGAGCCAAGAUCGUGCCACUGCACUCCAGCCUGGGUGACAGAGCGAGACUCCGUCUCAAUUAAAAAAAAAGUGUAGGAUCUGCUCAAAGAAGGAAACUGGGUAAUCCCUCCCAUCAUCAUAGAGAGAGCUGUCUCACCAGUUAUUCAUUCAGUAACACUUACUGAAUACUUAAUAUUCCAGAGAAAUGAAAAAGCCAAAGUCCUCGCCUUAAAGUUGCUCACAAUCUCAUGGGGGAGACCAACACAUAAUUAUAACCAAUUCUUAUUUAGCACUUACUCCAUGAGAGAUAUACUUAACAAUAGUUCUUCAGAGGUAGAAAGGAUUACCAUCCCUUCUCUAAGCAACCUUCUCAAGGUCACACACUUAAUAAGUGGCAGAGCCAGAAUUUGAACCCAGGCAGUCUGGUUAGUUUGUGCUUUAACACCUACUUUAUGUAGCUGUUCUGAUUAUUAAAAUACAGUGUAAAAAGUGCAAAAUAAAGAGGUAAUACACAAUGAGAUCAAAACCUAAAAUAGUGGGAGAGGAAGGUGUUACAGAGGCUUUCUGCAGGAGGUGAUAAACUGAUUUUUAAAUGAUAUCUGGGAGGUUCAGACCCAAAGAACCAAUCGGCAUGAGUAAAACUGCAGGGGAAGUAAGAAAUUUAUGAAGUAUACUGGGUGUGUGUGGAGGAGGGUGAAGGUGGUGAUGAGCAGUUUUAUGUUGCUUGAACAUGAAGUUUGAAGCAGGCAGUAGCUAAACAUGUAAGACUAGAUGGGUGGGCAUGGAGGGCUUUGUAUGCCUCAAUAAUGAUUUUAUACUUUAGUCUGAAGAUAUGUGAGGGGAACCAUGGUAGAAUAGUGUGAUAUGAUUUUUCUUCUUCAUGAAUCAUCUUCAAAACAGCAUUGCUCUGGGAAGAAAAAGAUUACCUGAGAGUGAAGGAUUUGAGAGACUGGUUGAGGAGCCUAUUUUAAUAACUCAGGAGUGAUAAUAGAGGCCUUGCAAGAGCAGGAAAGGUAGGGAUGGAGUAGAUGGGCAGAUUUGAGAAAUAUUUAAUGGGAAAAUUGGCAACACUUAAUGGUUGAUUAUGAGGGAGAAGUUCUAGGUAGCUCCCAAGUAGUCUAGGUGAUUGGUACAUAGUGGUGGCAGCUGAGACAAAAUACAGGGAGGGGCAUUUUUAAGUGGGUUCCAGACAAAAUCUGAGUCCACAGAAUUAGUACUUUGAAAUAGAAGUCCUACAAAACGAACCCUAAGAAUAUAAAUGCCAUGUGCAAUAAGGGAUUUCCUGGUGAAGCGUUUUUAGCUGAGAAGAGCCUACUGUUUACACAGUGCCCUCUGGUGGUCAGAAGAUGCUGUGCUGUCUCGUUAGGAUGAAUGGAUUAAAAUAUACUUUUCCUCCUGCUUCUGGAGGGAGAGAGGAAUAUUCCAGAAGCCACUGUGUUCCUUCUGCUUUGUGGAUAAGUUCAUUUCUUAGAAUAUAAUGCAACUGAACUACAGGAACAUCUCACUUAUUUGUAAGUUAUUUGGUUGGCAACCUCAGCUAUCCAGUGCCUUGGCCUGAUGCAAAAGAGGAGGGAAAUAUGAUCGCCUGUCAGCAAAAUUCAGGAAUUAAAACUUUACAUCUUACUUAUGAGCAUUUCCCUAGAUCUUCAGAAGAUGUUGUGCUCCCUCUUUAGGAUGAAUGGAUAUGUAGAUUCAAUUUUCAAUGAGUUUUUGUCUAAUUUCACAGCCAAGAAGAGAUUGAAAUGGUGGGCCACAGGAGAUCAGCACACCUUUCAGAAGUGACAGUUGUUGGCUUGCAAGUAAAGAGACAGAAAAAUACUAACUAGCCAACAAAGCCCAAUCUCCAAAAGCAUAACAGUCUGAGGCCAUUUUGUCAUGAUGCCUUCUUCUGUAGAGUGGGUGCUUUGCAGAAUACGUGUUGAAUGAAAUCACUGAUCUAGGAAAAGUAAAAAUUCCUCGAAUACAGAAUACUUGUGCUACUGCUGAUGAUCAACACUUUAUACAGUGCCUGGUAUACCAAAGGUCUCUAAUUAACAGAAGAUGGCAAAGCCCAGCCACAGCAGCUAUGUCCUUCAGCAGCUAAACAACCAAAGAGAAUGGGGUUUUCUCUGUGACUGCUGUAUUGCAAUUGAUGACAUUUACUUUCAAGCACACAAGGCAGUUCUAGCUGCCUGUAGCUCCUAUUUUAGAAUGUUUUUCAUGAACCAUCAGCAUAGUACUGCACAACUGAAUCUCAGCAACAUGAAAAUUAGUGCAGAAUGUUUUGAUCUCAUUUUGCAGUUUAUGUAUUUAGGAAAAAUUAUGACAGCUCCCUCCAGUUUUGAGCAGUUUAAAGUGGCAAUGAACUACCUACAGCUAUACAAUGUUCCUGACUGUUUAGAAGACAUCCAGGAUGCAGAUUGUUCUAGUUCAAAAUGUUCCUCUUCUGCUUCCAGCAAACAGAACAGCAAAAUGAUAUUUGGGGUAAGAAUGUAUGAAGAUACUGUGGCUCGAAAUGGCAAUGAAGCCAACAGGUGGUGUGCAGAACCAAGUUCAACGGUAAAUACACCACAUAAUAGAGAGGCUGAUGAAGAGUCUUUACAAUUAGGUAAUUUUCCUGAGCCACUAUUUGAUGUAUGUAAAAAAAGUUCCGUGUCCAAAUUAUCUACUCCAAAAGAACGUGUGUCAAGACGCUUUGGGCGGAGUUUUACCUGUGAUAGCUGUGGAUUUGGCUUUAGCUGUGAAAAAUUAUUAGAUGAGCAUGUGCUAACCUGUACUAACAGACAUUUAUACCAAAACACAAGAUCUUACCAUAGAAUAGUAGAUAUUAGAGAUGGAAAAGACAGUAACAUCAAAGCUGAAUUUGGUGAAAAAGAUUCUUCCAAAACAUUUUCUGCACAGACGGACAAAUACAGAGGAGACACAAGCCAGGCUGCUGAUGAUUCAGCUUCAACCACUGGAAGCAGAAAAAGUAGCACAGUGGAGUCUGAAAUAGCCAGCGAAGAGAAAAGCAGAGCUGCUGAGAGGAAAAGGAUUAUUAUUAAGAUGGAGCCAGAAGAUAUUCCUACAGAUGAACUGAAAGACUUUAACAUUAUUAAAGUUACUGAUAAAGACUGUAAUGAAUCCACUGACAAUGAUGAAUUAGAAGAUGAACCUGAAGAGCCAUUUUAUAGAUACUAUGUUGAAGAAGAUGUCAGCAUAAAAAAAAGUGGUAGGAAAACUCUAAAACCUCGAAUGUCAGUAAGUGCUGAUGAAAGAGGUGGUUUAGAGAAUAUGAGGCCCCCUAACAACAGCAGUCCAGUACAAGAGGAUGCUGAAAAUGCAUCUUGUGAGCUGUGUGGACUUACAAUAACCGAGGAGGACCUGUCAUCUCAUUACUUAGCCAAACACAUUGAAAAUAUCUGUGCAUGUGGUAAAUGUGGACAAAUACUUGUAAAGGGUAGGCAGCUUCAGGAACAUGCUCAACGUUGUGGCGAGCCCCAAGAUCUGACCAUGAAUGGGUUAGGAAAUACUGAGGAGAAAAUGGACUUGGAAGAGAAUCCUGAUGAGCAGUCCGAAAUAAGAGAUAUGUUUGUUGAAAUGCUGGAUGAUUUUAGGGACAAUCAUUACCAGAUAAACAGUAUCCAAAAAAAGCAGUUAUUUAAACAUUCUGCCUGCCCUUUUCGAUGUCCUAAUUGUGGCCAGCGUUUUGAAACUGAAAAUCUAGUGGUUGAACAUAUGUCUAGCUGCUUAGAUCAAGAUAUGUUUAAGAGUGCCAUCAUGGAAGAAAAUGAAAGAGAUCACAGACGAAAGCAUUUUUGUAAUCUGUGUGGAAAAGGAUUUUAUCAGCGGUGUCACUUAAGAGAACACUAUACUGUUCAUACUAAGGAAAAACAGUUUGUUUGUCAAACAUGUGGAAAGCAGUUUUUAAGAGAGCGUCAGUUGCGACUGCACAAUGAUAUGCACAAAGGCAUGGCCAGGUAUGUCUGUUCCAUUUGUGAUCAAGGAAACUUCAGAAAACAUGACCAUGUACGGCAUAUGAUUUCUCAUUUAUCUGCUGGUGAGACUAUAUGCCAGGUCUGCUUUCAGAUAUUCCCAAAUAAUGAACAGUUGGAGCAGCACAUGGAUGUUCAUCUGUAUACAUGUGGAAUAUGUGGAGCAAAAUUUAAUUUGAGGAAAGAUAUGAGAUCACAUUAUAAUGCCAAGCAUUUGAAAAGAACCUAAGUGAUUUUCUACUGUACUAAUGUUUAGAUGAUAGCAGAUAAAACACCAAAGCAAAGGAUAUGAGCUAUUUAGGAAUUGAUUAUAUAAGAUGAUUUGUUAGAAACAAAUUUCAAGGCCCUUUUAACUUUAAUAUUUUUGUUUAGGAUUUUAAGUAUUUACAUUUAGGUAUUAAAUGUUUAUCAUUUUUGUUGUUUCUUAAUAGAAUUAUUUGUUUUUAGUUUUUCUUAGCUAUGAUUAAAAUUUUUAAAUGUAGACUACAAGUGGUUGUUACCCAUUCAAUGACUAUUAAACUUUAGUUUUUCAUCAAUAAGGUGAUGACUUCACUAUUUCUAUGUGUUUUUUUUUUUUUAAGGUUAUCCUGUGAAAUUUUAAACCCAGAAUCAUUGGCCAUUUCUGUUUAAAUUUUAAAAAUUCCUUAAGUAAUUAUUUGAAACUAUCCCGUUUGCUUUUAGUGAGUUAACUACUCUUUAUUCCCCCUUAUUAAUGAAAUUCAUAUUCUUAAAUUGACAAGCUUAUUAGGCAAGUUAGGUGCACUGAAUCUAACCUUUAAGGUUGACAUGGGCUCAAACUUGGCCUAAAAAGAUUGAUGAACCUGAGGAAAUUUUUAUAAAUGAAUAUUUCCUAUAAUUGAUAAAAUAUUAUCAUUUAAUUAUCACAUUUAAAACUUAUAUUAAGUGUAAAUUCCAGUGGCUUUACCUCACUUGAAAAAUUAGUGGGGAUAAGCCAUUUUGUUUUGUGAUAUUAAAUUUAACUAUGAUAGUUAAUUAAAAAGACAUAUCUUGUAUUCAUUAAAAAUAUUUUAAUUUAAAAUAUUCUGAUUUCUAAAGUGUGUUAGCUUAUCAAUUAUUUUUGUUUAUAAAUAGACUUUAAUAGCUCUCUAAGAAUAUGACCUCUAAAGGAAAAGAUGAUUUUUUACAAUACAUACUUCUGGAACUUUGAGAUUUGAGAAAGCUUCCAUGUAUAUUGAUAAAUCUAAUAAAGAGAUCAAUUAUAAACCUGGUUGUUCUAUAAAAGUAGAGUGCACAAAAAAAUGUCUUGUGUUUUAUACUGUCUAAGAUUUGGAGGAAAUGUGGCAAAUUGCAGUUUAUCGCCAUAUUUUAUUAUCAUUUUUUUCUGUAAAAGACUAUAAAACUUGAGGAUUAUAAAAUAAUCACAGAGUAUAUCAAUGGAAACAGUUUAUCAUUUUUUCAGUUAAAGUAGUACUAUUGUUAGUUGUUGCUGACACAGGGUCUACAUAAUUACAUGUGAAUUAAAACAUUGGCAAAACUGACCCACCAAUAAACACAUCUAUUGAAUAGAA